CCCCGUCUGCCCUGGUCUAGUUCGAAGACAGCUGCUCACCGCGGCGGUGGAAAAAGGGAAAACUGCACAAUGCGAGAGCCGCAAAAAAAUGGCUAAACCUCGAACCGGCAACUAAUUCACUUUCCGAGUCCACUCCGAGAGAAAUAUGGCCUGAGGAACACCGUGGAAAAUACGUGCGAAACUGUCAGCCGAAGCGGCGGACUCUGCUGCCGCUGCCUGGAAGUUUUCGUUGUUUUUCCGUCGGGGGUCCCCGACGGCGGCGGCGGUGGCGGCGGCUCUCUCCCCGGAGCGGUGUCCCGGUCCACCGAGCCCCAUGCAAAACCUCACGGCCCCUGGCGGCUCCGGCAACUCCAAUGUCACCUGCUCCUGCAACUGUACCGCUUCCCAGCCACAGGGAAUGGAGAUAUCUGAACUGGAGUUUGUUCAGAUCAUCAUCAUCAUUGUGGUGAUGACAGUCAUGGUGGUGGUGAUCAUUUGCCUGCUCAACCAUUACAAGCUCUCCACCUUCAUAACAAGGCAGAGCCAGGCUCGCAGGCACAACCAUUCCCUGCAGCAGGAUGGGUGUCUGUGGCCUUCAGACAGCAACUCGCGACAAGGAGCCUCCGAGGUGUUAUAUGCUCCCCAGCCCAGGGAUCGCUUCACCGCUCCCGCCUUCAUGCACAGAGACCGCUUCAGCCGCUUCCAGCCUACCUAUCCGUACCUGCAACACCAGAUUGACCUUCCGCCCACCAUCUCGUUGUCAGAUGGCGAGGAGCCCCCGCCGUACCAGGGGCCCUGCACCUUGCAGCUUCGUGACCCCGAACAGCAGAUGGAGCUCAAUCGAGAAUCAGUGAGGGCGCCACCUAACCGGACCAUCUACGACAGUGACUUGAUCGACAUGGGGGGAGGCGGAGUGGCGGGGGGAGGGGGGAGCGGGCCGAGGCCACCGAGCAGUAACUCGGGCAUCAGCGUGGCCAACUGUGGUAUCCACGGGCGCAUGGAAGCUCCCCCGCCCGCAUACAGUGAAGUGAUUGGCCAAUACCCCGGCUCGACGUUUUUUCUUCACCAGCAAAGCAAUAACUUGAGGGUGGGAGAGUCCGGGGUGCCCGGAAGCAGGAUGAUCCAGCAGCAGAGCCAAUCAGAAAGCACAAUAGUACCUUCCAAGGCGAAGGAUGGCCAACCGGAGGACCUGGUGUGAGCGGGACCACCUGAAGACCUCCGGAACACUCAUAACCUUGAGGUGUCUCUCACUCUCUUUCUCUGUCCACACUCCCAUGCACAAAAAUAUCAACUUUAAGCUACUACAAAUCAAGGAAAGAUAGGAAGUACGUUUUGAUUUAGUUUCUUUCUCUUUCUGAUAUGAGUAACUGGUCAGCAAUCACUGCUGGGGCAGGAUUAUGCUGUGCAUGGAGUCUUGUUUGUCUUCAACAGAAAAAGAUAUAGGACACAGAUUGAAACAUUUUUGGAAUCCUCCCUCAUCCCCGCUGGUGGCAACCUUAUGAUGUUUCUUUCUUUUUUUUUUUGGUUCCACUUUUUCGGACCAGAAUCUGUGCACAAUAACUGGACUGAGAAUCAAAGGACCUAAACAAAGCAAGUGACUCACACACACACACACACACACACACACACACACACACACUCAAAUCUUAGUGCCAAGGUUCACGAGGAAGCGAAACACGGGGAUAGGAAAAAAGACAGACUUUUGAAAAAUAGAAGUUAUCUAAAAGUUGCACUAUCUUUUCGUUGUUAAAGAGGGAAAUUCUACGUUUAAUUUAGUUUUCUGUCUCCCAAAUGGACCGAGUGACUGAACUUUAGCUCCAGUUCAUGAGCAAAAGUAUUAUAAGCUUAUGUCCUCCCUCGUUUGAAACGUUGAGAAAUACUUGUACCCCAGCCUACGACAUCUCGGUCUGCUUUCACCACAGGCACAAUGAGAACUCUGCAAUGCUUCAUUUCUGUGUGAUACACUUCAACCAGUGAGAGGAGUACGUGAAUUGUGAUCAGCAGCUGGGUGGACAAAUAAUAAUAAUAAAGUUCCCUUCCUCUCAAACAUUGGGAUCUGCCCCCGCAACAUGCUGUGGGACAUUCUCUUCUUGGAAAUCCAACCAGCUGCCUUGAUUUCAAGUUAAGAAUGGCAUUCGCUUUUGGUCCAACCAUCCAAAUUAUCAAAGGCCCCGUGCCGUCAGUUUUUUAUUUUUAUUUCCCCCAGUCUAUGAUGUCGCUUUACAGGCCGGCAAGAUCAUUUGGGUUGGAAAUGCACAGGAUGCCCUUUUGUCAAGCUAUUCUAACUUGUCUUUUACGCCUGGCAAUCAAAACAGCCGGACUUCUCAUUAAUAUUCGACAUGUAAAUAAGCUUUGGUCUGAUUGGAUCGCUGUUAUUCUGAAUUUAAAUAUGGAAAACAGCUUUGCUUUGAUCGGCCAGAACUCUAGUGAGGCUAAGCGGUUCGGAAAAUGGAUGGACGGUCCUUGGCGAUAUCACGGCAUCUUGUGACGGCCAACCGUUCAUAGUGACAUCGCGGUUGUAUCCUUCAACAUUUUGGCAACGAUGAUCGCAAGCUUCGCUAUUUCAGCCGCACUUACAUGAGAAAUAUAGUCAAGUAUUGUUGUAAAACACAACAUAUAUGGACUGUAUUUGUAUGGCUUGGCAGCGAGCUGAGCCUCACCUCACUUAAAAUCCGGAAAUGCCGUAUUGCCAUUCAGGUUAGUUGAGUGGGUGGUUACUUGAAUAAUUAGUAACUUUCAACAUCACAAACACAUGGAAAUCUGAUCCGGCCGUUUAUUGCAUUUUGCAUUCCAUGGACGAACCGCAUAGAUGUCAGACUUAAACUAUGUCACAGACUCAUUUUGUUAAAUGUUAGGCAUAAACGAGUAAGAACAAUUGGAUUUUGAUGGCAUGGAACCUUUAACACCACAUUGUACAGCACCCUUAUAGAUAUCCAACUCCUUAAAUGCUUGAAUUUUAACAUUAGGAUAAAUACAAAAUGACCUAUAUUAAUGUUCCCAAAAGUGACCUUUAUCUGCACCAAAAUUACAGUCGUACUUUUUUGCAUAACCGCUAUCAAACAAACAAAUACUGUAUGUGGCCAUGAAAGCUCUCCUUCUAACUGUCCACCCAGCUGUCUGCACAUAGCAGAUUCCCACCUCCUGUUUCCUGUGUCAAGCCCCCCCCUCCCCCAAGAGUGCAUUCUGAACGAAUGCUGCCAUGACACUGGUGGAAAAGAAAAGCUCCACUCAUCUUCAUAUCUCUACAACCACACGAUGGCCAAUCAAACCAAGACGACACAUGACGAAGCUUCCUGCGUACAUCAGGAUUGAGUUCAAACAGUCUGUGGUCGAAGUCCAAGGGCUACGGGAGGGCUCCUUUUUUAUAAGAGGAGAACGAACUUCUUGAAAAUCUCGCCUUUUUCUCUGCUCAUUGUUGCCUUCUUCCCUACCCUUGUGCUGUUUACUUUACCUUGUUUUCAUUGGAAACCAAUGUCCCCUGCCUACUCCUUCCUCUCCUCCGCCGUUUUUUUUUUGUGUCCUUUGGCAAACACUCAUCUUCAUCUUCCUUCAAUCCAUGUGUAGAAAAUAAUGCUGAGUCUGCCAAACCCCUUUAAAGUGGAGACUGGAUCGCUGUGCUCGUCCAGUCGUCUGCUUCCUUCUGGCUGCGUCGUGUGCGCGCGUGUGUGUUUGUUGGUGAGACCAUUUAGCAACCCAGGAAAGCACUUAAACGUGUCCGCUGAAGCAAAGUGCGCGCAUGUGUCCGCGCGUAUCCGUGCACAUGCUUGUGUGUUUCUGACUGCUUUGUCUGAAUUUCGACAUUCAAGGACAUUUGGCACUUGUCCACAUUAGCACAGAAUUAAUGAUGCCUUCAUUAGAAUUCAGAGUGUCUCUUUACAAAGCCAGAGAUGCAUGAUGGGAGCGAUUAUAGCUAAAUAAAAUAAAGAAUGCAUGCCGCAGUCUAAUCCAGACUAUAGGUUCUACUUGUCAUCGAUGAAGUAUCCUCCACUACGUGCUUGUUCUCAGCUUGCUUUGUUUGGUCGUUCCCCAGAGAACAACAUUUAUUUUUAAUUUCUUCCAUUUCAGUGUCCACGACACUUGAAACGGGCUCAAGCGGAAAAUCUUCGAGAUGUGAGCCUCACCUGGGGCUUCCCGGCCGACUCCAAUAGCGACACUUUUGUUUUUUUAACAUAGCCCUGAAAAUCCCGUUUUAGAAUAUCAACACUUUCUUUACCCUUAGGGACAAGUUAUUGGAUGUCGAAAGAACGGAACCGAAAUAUCCAGCUCACAAGAUCAAAUAAACUACAGUGGUUCCUCUGUUUGGCAUCCUUUAGGCUUUCCGCACGCCAAACGAUGUAGCCGACCCCAACUGAAUUCUUGCGCAGUGUGCGGGGUUCCCCAACUGUUUUCAUGAGUGGCUGUUCAAAAUUGACUUGUAGUUGCGCGAUGUUUAAACAUCGCAGAUUACAGCCAAUCAGAAUGCACGUAAGCUUUGACGUACGUCAAAAACACGAGACCCAGCUGGCUGCCGCUAAGCCAUACAAAUACAGCAUAUAAGGUAUUCAUAUAUUGUCUUUUACAACAAUACUUGACUAGAUUUGUCAUUUGUAGUGCACCUGUUGAUGAAAUAGCGACGUUUGCAGUCUUUGUCGCCAAAAUGGACGCGAGUGGUGUGUACAGCACCGGAUACAUUCAAGUGAACGGGAGCGAGCUGAGGCUUUCAUUGAAUCCGCAGCCUCUCUGAAGCUUCUUCCUUAAGUAUUACGAUAUCUUUUUAUAGUUUAAUAAAUGUGCUAAAGGACAAUAUACUGUAUGUGCAUCCUCAAAAUCCGAUACAGGCUGGCCCUUCAGGGCGUCCAUAUAUCAAAUCGCUCUAUGUGCAGGUGUGAGUCGCCAACAGUCUUUUUAUUGAUUAAAAAAUGUUUUCCUUUUCUUUGCGAUGGUCUGGUCCAAUCGGAUUUGGCCACAUCACGCGGUGUGCGGCGGGCCUUAUGUAGUCUCAGUGCUGCCGCGCAAACUAGUUCCUUGCCCGCAGUUUGUCACCUCAACAUGUCUGUCUGCACUGUCCUAAACUGAGGAGCCCAUGCGUAGGAUUGUGAUGUAGGAUGGAAUUGGGGUGAAAUUCUGCUCAUUUUUCUAUCGCUUGCGCCCUUUUAUAUCACAGCACAUAUUCAAAGCUAUCAGCAUGGCGGCCUUAAUGAACUGAGAGUUCAAGUUAUGCUAAAGUGCUAAAUGCUCACACAUGGCAUCAGUUUGAAUGAAGGCCUUCGCAUUCUGUUUGUCUGUGUGUGUCCAGUGUGUGUGUGUGUGUGUGUGUGUGUGUGUGUGUGUGCAUUGCUGCUGCUAUUGCUGCUACUACUAAUUUUAUCGCUACUGCUGCUUCUCGAGCCGCCCAUUACCCCCCCCCCCCCCCCCCUCCCUUUGCCCAUCUGUUCCCUCAAUCCAUCAAAACGUGACAGAGAAGUCUGCAGUCAAAAGUUUCCAUAUUGGGACCAAAAUUGAACUCACAUGAGAGGAAGGAAAUGGCAUCUAUCAUUUUCACAAUAAGGUGAUUUUGUUGGUGGCGUAAUUGUCCCAAAACUGGGGGGGCCUUUGAGUUGGGGGGAGCCGCUUCAAUGUUAAUUUGUUUUGCUCAGUCUACUUGGUGAUGGCUUGUAAAUGGAGGAUACAAAGAUUAACUUUUGUUUUCUACAAGGAGGUUUGCAUGUUACAAUGAUGUAAGUUUUUCAAAAAAAAAAAAAAGGUGCCUAAUGUUCGUGUUUGAGCGGACCACGUCAGUCCAACUGCUGCUUUGAAAUCUUUACAGGUGCUUUAUUGAGGGUGCUUCAAUAGAAAUAUUGCAAAUGUUAGCCAAUUGACCAACACCAGUAAGCAUGCUGAUUCUCAUCCAAAUGUGGCCUCAGUGUACAGCAGGGUACAUUUACGUUUUAUUAGAAUUUCAGCCUGAAUGCGACCAUACAUGGAACACGGUUCACCUCUGCAGAUCAUGACCCAACAUUGAACGUUUUGUUCCCAAGUACGAGCGCCGUUCAGCCCCUCCACAGUAAAGCAACUGGAACCAUUUCAACCAGUAUGUUGACGUGCGUGUGUCUCUGUGUGUGUGCGUGCGUGGAGCAGACAUAGGAACCCACUUGCACUCAAAAAGCUCCCACCUUCGUUGUGCCUCACUUCCAACGGUGCUUUUUCAGUAGUCUGUCUUUUGUUUGUAAGGUGCUGUAUAUAACUUGAAUAUAUAUUAUGCACAUAUCCUACCCAAUGGGUAGACCACCACAAAAAUGUUGUGAAUAAUGUAAAAUAUUGUAUAGAAAAUAUAAAUCUUAAGAAGGCAGCAUCGAAUUUGUAAAGGCCUACAAGUAAAACAUGUGCUUUGUCUUCGAAUGUGGUUAAAGCGCAAAAUUUGCUCACUCACAAUAAUUUACGAUAAAUAGUAGUGUAGUAGGAUAAGGAUGAGAUGGAUCAGGACUUUUACACUUGUCGCCAUUAUUUGGUUACUGGCCGUCAGUUUUCUAAAAGCCAACGCAUCUUUGAAAAGAACAAAACAAAAACAAAAAGAAGCAUUUACGACGUACACACGCUGAGUUACGUAUUCUACAACCUCAGCCGGACCACGUUAACCUUCUUUUCAACUCGCAUUGUUGAACGUCGAUCUAUAUGAAACAUGUCGAGAAGUCCGACGCCCACCGCAUUUGGAGGAAUCCGGUUUGUUUGUACCCAUAAUACCGUAUGUGUCUGUCAGUAACUAAGGCGAAAUGGAGUGCACCACUAAAACGCUUGCAGUCGAAAGAAGAACAUGACAUCAGAAAAGGAACGUUAAGCUACAUCCACGACCAACCUUUGCAACUCAUCCGGGCAGCGUUAUUCUGCUCAAUAUAGCAUUGGCAUUGGAAAGAGGAGUUCAGUACUUUCAGAAACGAUUCUCAAUUGAUGAUUCAUUUUCCUCACAAUUGAUCAAGGAAAUGUAGUCAAAUGCCCAUCCUUAGUCUAUGUUACUUGAAAAUUUGUAUAUCUACCAAAGUAAAAACUGAAGAGAUACGAAACUCUGCUUAAAGCAUUUUGUCUCCAUGACAUGAUCAUCUGCUAGCAAUCACCAGAUUGUCUAACAAGAAUGCUAUCUAAGGCAAUUGGUCACGCUCUUGUAUGUGUUUGUCUGUGUACUCGGAAGCAGUGUGAAAGAAAACAGUAAAAUUGCAGAUAAAUCAUUUAAGUGUUUUUUUUUUUUUUUACAUGAUGUUGUUAAAGUGGCACAGUAUAUUUGAGCAAAGUCUUGUGUUGUUUAAUCUGCAGUCAUUUAUUUCCAGACGUAUUGAAAAAUACUCCACUGUACAAUAAUCGCAGAGCAUGUUCAUUCUUCUUUAUGUACAUAGCAAUGUGCCAUUUCCUCUUCUAAGCACCAAAUAAGUGGCAGUUGUCUCUAUUGUUAAACUCUGGAUAAAGUGCUGUUAGCACUCCUCAUUCUUAAAAUACCUAUUUUUUCUGUUGUUGUUUUUUUUUAAUUUUGUUUCCUGCACUAGCUUGAAGAACUAACUUUGAUUCAGACUGAUUUUUGUUUAAUUCUCUGUGCAGCACGAUUUGCUUACUUGCUUUUAAUUAGAAGUCUGGUCUCAAGCGCUGACGAGUUGUUGUUUCAUGGAGAAUAAUGUCCAAAAUAUCUCAUUUCGUCGUUAGCUGUCAUGACGGUUACUAUAGGACUGCUUCCAUCAUGGGUUUAGCAUCAUUGGUUUGCUUUAUUUACAAAAAUACCUUCUUGUUUCCACACCUUACCCCCUCUCUGCGUGUGUGGAAGUAAAUGCACACACAGUCACGUGCACACACACAUAUAAGAGGGGGUAAAAAUGUUGUGUAUCUUUUUUUUUUUUUUUUUUUUUUUUUUAUUUAAGCAGUUGUGAUGUUCUAGGUUUUAGGCCUAAGGUCUGUUAUUGCAAUACUUUUACAAAAAAGAUGGGGAAAAAAACAAAAAAAAUGUUGCUCCAAGUGCUGUUGUAGUAAAAAAAUUUAUGUUUGUAAUCAUGCUGUAGUCAAACUACAGUGUAAAAUGAAUAAAACUUUCAAAGUGG